AUGGACAAGAAGCACGAGGAUGCGGGCGGCGUGGCGCAAAUCGACAAGACAUCUGUGUUCCAAGAAGCACGAGUAUUCAACCAGAGCCCCAUCUCGCCCAGGAAAUGUAGAGUAAUCCUGACCAAGCUGGCCCUUCUGCUCUUCACCGGAGAGAGCUGGGGCCGGCAAGAAGCCACAACCCUCUUCUUUGGCAUCUCCAAGCUGUUCCAGAACAAAGAUGCCUCGCUCCGCCAGAUGGUCUACCUCGUCAUCAAGGAGCUCGCUGGCUCCGCCGACGAUGUCAUCAUGGUUACCUCGUCGAUUAUGAAGGAUACCUCCGUCGGCAGCGACGUCGUCUACCGCCCAAAUGCCAUCCGCGCCCUCUGCCGUGUCAUUGACGCUUCCACUGUCCAGGCCAUUGAGCGUCUGGUCAAGACGUGCAUUGUCGACAAAAACCCUUCCGUAGCCUCGGCUGCUCUCGUCUCCUCAUAUCACCUUCUCCCGGUCGCAAAGGAUGUAGUCAGGAGGUGGCAGUCUGAGGCCGCAGAGGCUGCCUCUGGAAGCAAAUCGGGCGGUGGCUUCUUGGGUGGAUUUGGAGGAAGCUCGCAUACCGCUCUCCAGGCCAGCACAAACUACAUGACACAGUACCACGCCAUUGGCCUGCUAUACCAGAUGCGCUCUGGCGACAGGAUGAGCCUGGUCAAGAUGGUGCAGCAGUACUCGGCUGCUGGUGUUGUCAAGAGCCCUGCUGCUACCGUCCUACUUGUAAGACUGGCAGCUAAGCUGGCUGAUGAGGACCCAAAUCUCCGAAAGCCCAUGAUGCAGCUCCUCGACGGCUGGCUGCGACACAAGUCCGAGAUGGUCAACUUCGAAGCUGCAAAGGCCAUUUGCGACAUGCGCGAUGUUACCGACGCCGAGCUCGUCCAGGCCGUUCACGUUCUCCAGCUCUUCCUCACAUCGCCACGCGCGGUUACCAAGUUUGCUGCUCUCCGCAUUCUGUCACAAAUGGCUUCCUUCAAGCCUGACGCCGUCCGGUCGUGCAACCAAGAUAUUGAGUCGCUCAUCACCAACUCGAACCGUAGCAUCGCGACUUUUGCCAUCACAACGCUCCUCAAGACGGGCAACGAAUCGUCGGUAGAUAGGCUGAUGAAGCAAAUCACAGGCUUCAUGGCUGAGAUUACAGACGAGUUCAAGGUGACCAUUGUCGAGGCUGUCCGAACUUUGGCUUUGAAGUUCAAGUCCAAGCAGUCUGGAUUCCUUGCUUUCCUUAGCGGCAUCCUGCGUGACGAAGGCGGUUACGAGUUCAAGAGAGCAGUUGUAGAGGCAAUCAUGGACCUUAUUCGAUUCGUUCCAGAAGCCAAGGAGGAUGCGCUUGCGACUCUCUGCGAGUUCAUCGAGGACUGCGAGUUCACCAAGCUUGCCGUGCGGAUUCUGUUUGUUCUCGGACGCGAAGGCCCCUCGACACCUCACCCUACCAAGUACAUCCGCUAUAUCUACAACCGUGUUGUUUUGGAGAAUGCUAUUGUCAGAGCUGCUGCAACUUCUGCUCUCGCCAAGUUUGGUGUUGGUCAGAAGGACCCUGAGAUCAAGAAGUCGGUCCACGUUCUGCUCACUCGCUGCCUUGACGAUGUUGAUGACGAGGUCCGAGAUCGUGCUGCAUUGAACCUCCGGUUGAUGGACCAGGAGGAUGACGACAUGGCCAUCAGCUUUAUUCGCAACGAUUCCAUGUUCUCACUGCCAGUUCUCGAGCACCAGCUGGCCAUGUACGUUAGCUCAGAUUCCCGCGACACCUUUGAGACUGCAUUCGACAUCACCAAGAUCCCCACUGUCUCGCGCGAGCAAGCAGAUGCCGCAGAUCUUACCAAGAAGACCGAAGGCGCUACCCCAACACUCAAGGCACCCAGCGCUGCGAAGCAACCUUCAAAAGCGGGAGCAGACGCUGCCGCGAACGCUGCCAACAAUGCGCAAAAGUACGCUGCCGAGCUGCAGAAGAUUCCCGAACUUGCGGCUCAUGGAGGCGUGCUCAAGUCAAGCGAUGUUGUCGAGCUCACCGAAUCAGAGACCGAAUACGUCGUUACGGCCAUCAAGCACAUCUUCAAGGACCAUGUUGUCAUCCAGUACGACAUCAAGAACACCCUCGAAGACACAGUCUUGUUGGAUGUCGAGAUGGUUGUUACCCCCGAAGACGACGGCGAUGUUCAACUAGAGGAGGAGUUUGUCAUCCCGGCACCAAAGCUUUCCACAAACGAGCCAGGUACUGUUUACGUGUCGUUCAAGCGCCUCGAGACCGAGUCGCAAUUCAUUGCGGCAAGCUUCACCAACGUACUCAAGUUCACAAGCAAGGAGAUCGACCCAAGCACAAACGAGCCAGAAGAGGGCGAUGGCUACCCAGACGAAUACUCGGUCGAAGAUCUUUACCUCACUGGCGCUGAUUACGUUGUACCUGCGUAUGCUGGCAGCUUCGACAAUGUAUGGGAGCAGUCGAACAAUGACACAGCAACCGAGACUCUGCAGCUUGGCAACAUGAAGAGCAUAGCAGCAGAUGCUACCGAACAACUCACCAAGACGCUGUCCCUCCAGCCAUUGGAAGGCACCGACGUCGCCCUCUCAACAUCAACACAUACGCUCAAGCUGUACGGCAAGACCAUCACAGGUGGUAAGGUUGCAGCCAUGGUACGAAUGGCGUUUAGUGCAAAGACUGGUGUGACGAUGAAGAUUGAUGUAAGAAGUGAGGAGGAGGGCGUUGCAGCUCUGGUUGUGGGUAGUGUAGCGUGA